CUGGUCCCACCACUAACGAAUCCAAAAAUCUGCAAUUCACGAAAGCGAAAAUCGAGGGACAGAAGGAAAUAAAAUAGAAAAGUAUUUAAUUUAUCUACUGCAAAAUGACUGUUACCGCUACACCAUUGCCCGAAAAUAUGAGGGUUAAGGCUUUUAGCGAUUACAGAAAAAAACUUCUCGAGCACAAGGAAAUAGAAGGCCGAUUAAAAGAGAAGCGCGAGGAAGUUAAGGAUCUGACAAAGCUAUACGAUAAAUCCGAAAAUGAUUUGAAGGCCCUGCAGAGUGUGGGACAAAUUGUGGGCGAAGUUCUUAAGCAAUUGACCGAGGAUAAAUUUAUUGUGAAGGCAACGAAUGGACCUCGUUAUGUUGUCGGAUGUCGGAGACAGUUGGAUAAGGCAAAGCUGAAGUCCGGCACUCGAGUGGCCCUGGACAUGACCACAUUAACGAUUAUGCGGUAUUUGCCACGAGAAGUUGAUCCCCUUGUGUACAACAUGUCGCACGAGGAUCCAGGAGAUGUUACGUAUUCGGCUAUUGGUGGUCUCACCGAACAGAUUCGCGAGUUGCGUGAAGUCAUCGAAUUGCCGCUGCUUAAUCCGGAACUAUUCCUGAGGGUUGGCAUUACACCGCCCAAGGGUUGCCUGCUUUAUGGUCCACCUGGUACCGGAAAAACGCUGCUGGCUCGUGCAGUAGCAUCUCAAUUGGAUGCGAAUUUCCUUAAGGUCGUCUCCUCGGCCAUUGUGGACAAGUAUAUUGGCGAGAGUGCGCGAUUGAUCCGAGAGAUGUUUAAUUAUGCACGCGAUCAUCAACCGUGCAUUAUUUUCAUGGAUGAAAUCGAUGCCAUUGGCGGUCGACGUUUCAGCGAAGGAACAUCUGCAGAUCGUGAGAUACAGCGUACCCUUAUGGAGCUGCUCAAUCAAAUGGAUGGCUUCGAUUCGCUUGGACAGGUUAAAAUGAUUAUGGCGACAAACCGACCAGACACAUUAGAUCCCGCUUUGUUGCGACCAGGACGUUUGGAUCGUAAAAUUGAGAUUCCCUUGCCCAAUGAACAGGCUAGAUUGGAAAUUCUUAAGAUUCAUGCACUAAUAAUAGCCAAACAUGGUGAGAUUGACUAUGAAGCUAUUGUAAAGUUAUCCGACAAUUUUAAUGGAGCCGAUUUGCGUAAUGUCUGCACUGAGGCUGGCCUCUUUGCCAUAAGAGCGGAACGUGAGUAUGUCAUCCAGGAGGAUUUCAUGAAAGCUGUACGCAAGGUGUCUGACAAUAAGAAAUUGGAAAGCAAAUUGGAUUAUAAGCCAGUCUAAGAGAAUAAGAAAUAAACCCACUAACUAGAUUAUCUCCAUUUAUAUAUUAAGCGCAAAAGUUUUUUACUGUAAAUUCCGUUUUUGUUUUUUUCUAAACCUUUAUCCGCACUAUGUAAUACACCAUUGAAAAAAAAAAAAUAAUAUAUUGCAAUAAUUUACUAAAAAUUAAGACCAAAUCUGUUGUAGCACUUCUAAUUAAUGAAAAUUGUCUCCCUCUGAAAUUUUCAGUUUCAAGUAAUAAAUAAAAACCCCAAUGGAAAUACA